UGUGAACCUGAGGGGGGCGGGGGGCAACCCAAGAUGGAGGAGAACAUUGCCUCCUACCUCAAGUUUCUAGAGGGCAACUACCGCAAGAUGCUGAUCGAGAACUCCGAGCUGUCCAACACCAUGAGGGCCAGUGAGAAGACGCAGGCCGAGCUGCACGAGAGCAACGUGGAGCUGGAGCGCUUCAAGGUGGAGCUGCGCACCAUCAACGUGGAGCUGGAGAGUGUCAGGGUGGAGCUGCGCAAGACCAACCGCGAGCUGGAUGAAAUCAAGGCCUCCAAGGACGACCUGGCCAGCGAGAUGGCGGAGAAGGAGGCCAGCUGGAGGCGCGAGAAGGAAGAGCUACUCCAAGGCAGGGAGGAGCCGCAGGAAGACCACGCAAACUUUAACGACCAUGUGGACCUGGAAGGAAGGUGCACAACGUCUGAGAAGGACGUGAAGAUGAAAGUAAAAGAGAUAGUUGAAGAGGAUGGCAAAGACUGCAACAAGGAGAAAGAAAAGGAUGAGAAAGCUUGGAGGGAGGAGGAUAAAAAUAGGGGUGAUAACAUCCAGAACGAGGAGCAGGAAGAGGAGAAAGGCCGCGAAAUGCAAAGGGAGAAAGAGUAUCAAGGCCACGGGGAGAAAAAUGACCCAAAUGAGUCCAAGGGGAAGAGGGGAGAGGGUGCAGACAGCAACCAGAAGGAAAAGGAGAGGGAGGAGGUGAAAGAGAAGGAAGAGGAGGUGAAACGGAAGGAGAAGGUAGUGAAAGACAUGGAAAAGGAAGUGAGUGGAAAGGAGAAGGCAGUGAACAAAAGUAAAGAGGUGAAUGGCGAGGUGUUAGAGUGGGAAGGGAAGGAACAGGAGGUGAAAGAGAUGGAAAAGGAGAAUGUGAGUGAGAAGGAGGCGAAAAAGAGGGAAAAUGAAGAGAACACAAAGGAGAAAGAGACUAACAGUGACCAGAAGGAGGAGAAAGAGAUAGAGAGGGAGACUGAAAAUGACUGGAAGGAGUACAUCGAGAGUGAGAAGGAGGUGAAAGAGAGGAAAAAUGAGGAGAAUGAGGAGGAAAAAGAAAGGGAGAAGGAGGCAAACUAUGUGCCUGAGGAGACUGGUGGUCUGAAGGACUUUGAGGAGCAGAAAAAGGAGUACAGUGAGCAGCAGGAGGAGGUCAAACGUGGUCUGAAGAUCUUGGAUGAAGAGGAGAAACAAAAAGUCAUGGAGGAGAAAAAAGAGAAGCUGAAGCAAUAUUUCCUACAAGAGAGUAAGGCAAUUAUUUUAAAGGAGAAAAAACAGGAGGACAGGAUGACAAAUGAGGACAAAUGGGAAAGGAGAGACAAAGGCAAAGAUAAGGAGGCCAAACUGGAGGAGGCGUGGAAUGAGAGGGUGACCAAGCUGAAGGGAGAGUGGCGGGAGAGAGAGCGCAAGGAGGAGGAGAGGAGGAAGGAGCAGGACAAGAAGCUGAGGGAGGGAUGGAUCGAGAGGGAGAAGAGGGAGGAGGAUCGGAGGAAGGAGCGGGAGAGGAAACUAAAGGCUGAGUGGAAGGAAAGGGAGAAGAGGGAGCAAGAGAAGAGGAGGGAGCGGGAGAAACUCAAGGCUGAGUGGAAAAUGAAGGAGGAGGAGAAGAGGAAGGAUAAGGAGAAGAGGAAGGAGGAGUGGUGGGACAGUGCUGAGGAUGACGAGGGAGAGGAAAGGAGGGAGCGGGAGAGGAGGGACAAAGAGGAAUGGAAGGAGAAGGAGAAACUGAGAGUCGAGUGGAGGGAGCAUGAGAGGAGGGAGGAGGAAAAGAGAAAGGAGAGGGAGAGAAAGCAGAAGGCCAAGUGGGAAGAGAUGGAGAAGCGGGACAAGGAGAAAAGGAAGGAGAGGCAGAGGAAGGAGGAGAGGACGGUGCGGGAGAAGAAGAGGGAGGAGAGGAGGAGGAUAGGGAGCGAGGGUGAGGCGUCCGUCUUUGGGAGGGUCCGUCAUCUCGUCUGCUGUGGCAAGAUUUAAAAGCCAUUGGGAACCCAAUCCUAAAAAUCGAUAGGAUAAUCUCCCUGCCACUGAACACCCAAUUCCAAUAAAUCAAUACAAUUCCAACUUCCGCAAAAUCAACGGGAUUCCUUUCCUGACACUGAACCACUCCUCAAACGCAACGAGAUUGUUGUCCUGAGACAAAACAGCCAUUCCUCAAGAUCAGUAGGAUUCUUGUUCUGGCAGAGAAGAACCAGCCCUCAAAGUCGGGAUAAACAUUUCCUAAAUAAAAAAACGAAACAAAAAAACAAUUGGGUUUCUUGUCUUGGCACGGAACAACCAGUCAUAAAAAAGUAAAUAAGAAUCUCACCCUGGGACAGAUUGACUAUUUCUCAAAUUCUGUAGGAUUUCUGAUUCGCCACAAUCAAUAGGAUUCUUCCCUUGGCAUAAAUAAACUUCUCAAGAUCACUCAAUCAACAAGAUUCCUUGUCCUCCAAGAUUUUUGCCCUAACAAGAAAAUCUCAUUCCUUAAAAAAAUCAGAUUCCGAUUUUGUCAACCGGAUUGUUGAGCAGGCACAAUGGAAAAGAAUUGCUCCAAAAUCCCUGAGGACAAACAUUCUUCAAAAUCAACACAGUUCUAACCAAGGUACUGAUCAACCAGUCUGCAUAACCUUUAAAACAACAGGAUUCUUGACUAACAACCGAUCAUCAAGACCACUACGAUUCUUGCCCUGACAAUGAACAACAUUCCCAUGUUAAAUUCCACUUUGGCUGUGUUGGGAAUCACUCCGUGUCAACUUUAUCCUGAUCUAUUGUAGACAGUUCACCAUUUUGGAGAUAAAUAAAGUACCCUAACCCAUACAUCCAUCAGUUUUGGAGUGCUAUUUUGAAAGACCACAGGUUAUACCUCCUAUACAGAAUCAAACCCAUGAAGCAUCCUGAUUCCAUUAAUUUCUUAAAACAGCUAAAAAAAAAUAAUCUAAUUGAUAAUCCCAUGCAUUGUACAUACAAUAUAUUAAUCUAAUGCAAUGGUAUAACUGGUAAGCUUAAAAACCAUGAGAGUACAAAAUAAAGAGAUUGCAAAAUCCAACAAAAUAGUCACACAUGCAACACAAAAUGUAGCAUUCACGUAUUGAUGUGUGCCUUUAAAAGGCCUCUAACUCCAGUUCUGGUUGGCAGUUUGAUACGCAUCACGCCCCGACACACUAACUUCUACAAUCUGCAAUUUCUCUUGUCAAAAUGUCUUGUCAGUCGUCACCCUGACAACAGGAGCGUUUAAUGAAAUCAGUGUGAUGACCUCGCCAGGCCUCUUUGAUCUUCCCCGCGGCGUCAGGAGCUUCCAACGUGGAGGAUUUAUUAAAUCUCCGCCCGGCGACCGAUGACGAUGCUGGGA